AUGACAGAUCCUUCGUCGGCAGAUAUACUUGGAACAAAUUCAAAGAAUAUUUUGGAAAAUAAAGAUGGAAGAAUAACUUCUAAUAAACUUAAUAAUAAUGAUUCUAAUGAUAACGAAGAUCCUACUUUAAAUAACGAAACACAUCCGAACAAUAUUAAUAUCAACAAUAUAACAGGAGGUAACAACGGCUCAAUAAACAAUUUUAUAAUGGGAAACAAUUCAAAUCCAAAUUCAAAUUCUGGUACCAAUCUUAAUAACCUGGCGAAUAGAAGAGAUUCGAAUCUGAUAUAUCCUCCAGUUCAACGAUCCAAUCAAAGAAAUGACUCUAUUAAUGCUAUGUUUAAUACAUUUAACUUACCACGAUUUUCAACCGAUGCCUCUUUAACUCCAUUCUUAAAUAUUGCAGAUAAUGGGAAUGGGAAUGUACAAAUGACAAAUAAUGAACAUGGUUUACCUAUUAAUGAUUCAACAAAAAGACGAUCACAAGAUCUUUCUCAAAUUGCAAGAGGUUAUUCUAUUGUUAAUAAUAACAUGUGGACACCACCAAUAUCACAACAUAAUAUACCACAUAUUUCAAAUCCUUUACAAAUAAAAAUUGCUGCAAAUCAUGUCGAUCCAUUAGAUGUAAAUAGUGCACCAAAAUUUAAACCGUUAUCAUUUUCUGCUGGGAAGUUGAAUGCUGUCAAUAAUGAAAAGAAUAGAACUGAUUCAAUGUCAAUUCCACCAUCAAAUAGAGGAUCGACAGCAUUUCCAAUGGAUAGUUCGGAUAUGGAUAUAUUACAUGGACAAAAUAACAAGAGAGGUUCUGUUUCGAUUAAUAUGAAACCACCGACGAUUCUUCCUGCAACAAAUGGUAGUAAUAGUGGUUCGACAGUUCCCCAAAAAUUUCAAAAUCAGAAUUUUAUUAGAACUCAAAACAAUAGUAAUAUUAAUAAUAACAUUGGUAAUAAUAUUGCAUCAGUUAAUAAUAAUAUCAAUUCUAAUUUAGGGUUGGAUUCAUUUUUUACUGGUAGCAAUUCAAGAAAAAAUUCCUUGAAAAUUGGUACUGACGAUUUUGAUUUUGAUUUGAGGAGACGAAAUUCCUCGAUAAAAUUGUUGUUAGAUCCUAACAAUCAACCAGUUAGCUCCCCCUUAUCAAAUCAAAUGGUUCAACACAAUGGUCAAAUGACUAGAGAUAUCCAAAAAAACCCAUUUCCUGCUGAUGUUUCAACACUUCCUUCGAGUCUAUCAAGAUUUUCUUCGAUGAUGAAUUUUAUAGGAAAUGAACAACCUGGCCCAAAUGGUAUUCCUAUUAACAGGGAUGUUACCGUUAAUAAUCCAAAUAUGAUGUCUCAGGUACAGUCAAUAGGUAUGAUAAACGGUAUUCCAGCUUCUGGAGAUGUCAUGAAGCAAGAACAACUAGUCGGAAAUUUGGGUCCUGAUAUUAGUGGCACAAAUUUAAAAAGUACGAAGAAAAGAGCGUCUAAAACUAAUAAGACAAAGAAACAACCAAAGAAGAAGAAACAGAAAUCGCUUACACAUAUUAAUGAUACGUUACAACCUGUAGAUAUGUCUGGGGGGAAUGAAAAUAAAAAGACUAAAAGAAAAGGAAAUGAAAAGAAAAUUGAUAAAAAAUCCUCUUUUGAGGAUGUAUUGAAGAAAAUUACAAAAAAUCAUGGUAUAGAUAAAAGUGUUGCUGAAGAAAACUUAUUAAAGGAAAAUGAAAAGAAGGCCAGAGGUUUGUUAGGAGUAACAAAAAUUGAUGAAUUGAUGUUAAUGAUUGAUGCAAGAAAGAAAGGUGUUACGGAGAAAGUCGAGACAACAAAAGACGGGAAAUUGGUAUUAGGUUCAAACUCCGAUAUUUUACCACCAAGUAAUGAGAUUGUUGGAGGUGUAGAAAAACCUGUAGGUUCGCAUGGUGUAAAACAACACGAAUGUAAGAUUUGUCAUAGAUUUUUCACUCAGUUAACUCAUUUAGAGGUUCAUAUCAGAUCUCAUAUUGGUUAUAAACCAUUUGAAUGUCAAUAUUGUAAGAAGAGGUUUACUCAAGGUGGUAAUUUAAGAACACAUUUAAGACUUCAUACAGGUGAAAAGCCAUAUGAAUGUGAAAUUUGUAACAAAAGAUUUUCAAGAAAAGGUAACCUUGCAGCACAUGUAUUGACGCAUCAAAAAUUGAGACCAUUUGUUUGUCGGCUAGAUAAUUGUUACAAGACAUUCACCCAGUUAGGUAAUAUGAAGGCUCAUCAAAAUAGGUUUCAUUUAUCUGCGUUAAGUAAAUUAACUGAAAGAUUGGCUAAACUAGAUCCCAAUGAGAGUAUUGCUCCAGAAGAGAGAGAAAUGUUGGAAUAUUUUGCCUCGUUAUAUAAAAACUCUAAUAAAGGUAUCAAGGGUAGGGGAAGAGACAAAUCCAGUUCUUCAAGUCCAAUUAAAGAAAAGGAAACUACAAUAAUAGAUGAAAAGCCUAUUAGUUCCAGUAUAUCUCCAGAGUAUCGUCUAUACCAGGCAAACCCUGUUGAUCAGCAACAGCAACAGCAACAGCAACAGCAAUCAUUGAUGACCAAUAGAAUGCCUUAUGAGCAUGGUUUGCAAAACAAUAUACCUGGAUCUAUUAAUAUGGAUUUUACGAAUCACGUAGUAAAUGUGUCGGAUCCUCAGAUCUCAGGAAGUUCAAACAUAAGAGGCUUACCAAUGGAACCAAACUUUCUCCCAAAUGAUCAUCCAAAUGGACAGCUUUUAGAUGAAAAUGGAGUUGAUUUUAAAUUUGUCAAUUACAAAAAAUAG